AUGGCUUCCACUGCUACAGCCACAAACGAUAUAAUCCAACUGAAUGCCCCUAGAAACGUUCCCAUUAAACUUACUACCACGAAUUUCCCAGUGUGGAGACGCCAAGUCCAUUCCACACUUAUUGGGCUUAAUCUCCUGGGUUACAUCGACGGUACCACCAAGGAACCCGCCAAAUUCACUGAUACUGCUCAAACUGCCGUUAACCCAGCCCAUCUAAUUUGUUAUCGUCAAGACCAAAUCAUUGUCGGUGCACUUCUCGGUAGUUGUACUGACACCAUACAGCCCCUCAUCUCCUCGGCUACGACAGCCCAUGAUGUUUGGCAAUGUCUGAUUGCUAGUUACGUCAGUGCCUCUCGAGGACGUAUCAUAUCCCUCAAGGCCAAGCUCACGAAAAAUCUGAGAGGUUCUCGGUCCAUUACGUCUUACCUCAAUGACAUGCGAGCCUUAGCUGAUGAUCUUGCACUGGCUCAGUGUCCAAUUUCGGAUGAGGAUCUAACUGUCUACAUAUUAAAUCAGUUAGGGGAGGAGUACAACUCUAUUAUAUCUGUCGUUCGUGUUCGUGAAAAGCCGAUUUCCUUUGGUGAAUUGGCGGACGUACUGACUGAUCAUGAACGUCAGCUAAAGGCAGCGGAUGAGACGCGGUUUGAAUUUUUACCGGUGGGUGUUGGAGUGACGAUAGCCAUAUCCAUGCGUCUCAAAAAGUAUUCUUAUCUCCAGUGCAAAUGGCAGCAACUAACAACUAAGAUGUUUGUGGGACGAAUGUAG